GGGGGCGCUGCCGUCGGACAGUCGGUGUCGCGCCAGGACCCCGUUUGCGGCUAGCCAAGCAAGCAGCAAGCAGUCGCAAUCCCGUCGCCUAACCAGCAUUGCUCGCCUUAUCUUUUUCACCCUCUUACAAAAUCGCAUCGAGGCUUCCGUCAGCUGCAUAUAUUUGCCCCGUUCCAUCAGCCGGUCCCUUCGACGACGUCUGUCGUCGUUCACCGUCGCCAUUGCCGCCGCCACCGCCGCCACCGCCGCCGUCGCUGUCGCCGCUGCUGCUACUGCCGUCGUCAUCGUCGCACACGCAGUACGUCGUCGUUAUUGCCCUCGCAAUAGUCGUGCAGUCGCGCGUGGUUCGCAUAGCAGCGGCUUUCGUGGAAAAGCGAGAUUAUAUUAGAUACGCGAUCGUAAUAAUACAUACGUGUACGUAAAAACGAGAUUUAAGAAAGAAAAAGGCGGGGACCUUUGUGAAUCGGGUGAAGAGCUGAUUAUGAGUUUGAACGGUGUGCAGCAGGUCAGCGUGCAUCCGGGCCAGCGUCGUUGAGGAAAAGUGAUAACAAGUUGUUCGUGAUUUUGUUGUGUCCGACGAUUGACCGGAACAGAGAGUAAUACAGAGUGAGAGUAACGAGAAUUUCCUGGCCGUUUCAGUGAGAAAGAGAGCGAGUGCACCGUUGUCGGGAUCUGGGGAUCGUGUGUCGCACGUUUGAAAGAGCGAAUCGUGUCGUCGACGGAAUAUAUAAGUGCUGGCAAAUAAGAUAUUUGGUGGUGUUGUUUCGUUACCAACAGUGAGAGAAGUAUCGAGUUCUGAGAAGAAGCAAACGAAGGCUCACCGACCGCCUAACCUGUCACGGUGACCGACAUCACGGCGAGAUCGCGGCUGAUACCUCCGCGUGUUCCGGCGCAAGAACAGCAGAAACCGGAGGUGGACCGCGGGAGGAGCAAGGAGAGCGCUUCGAAUAAAUGACGUGAAUCGAAGGAAACGGAAACGCAACGUCGCUCGCUAACUCGCAAUCCCCCUUCCCUCCCUCCCCAAUCACUCAUUCUGACCUUUCCCAUCCCUUCAGCCACGAUUCACGACCCUUCGCAACCUGACCUUUGCCUUCUUUCACCUGCUUCGUCGCCUUCGACCGCCUUCUAGCGCUUAUUCUCUCUCUCUUCUAUCUUCCGAAUUUCCAUCCCUUAGCGUAGAGCUACCCCUUUAUCGAGGAUUCCGAUCCUUAAUCCUUGGUCCAUCGACAAACAGACACGUACACCCAACGACCAAACAGACACGUAGAAUCCACUUAAUCGCUGGGUGGUCGACGCGCAGCUUUCUCAAGCUUUGCCUUCCUCCUCGCGACACUAAAGCUCGACACCGCGCGAAGAUCGCACACAGGGAAGAUCGGAAGAGCUGAUCGGAUUCGUCGAGCCUAAAUCGUUGAAAGAAUCGGAAAUAAUAGUAGGUUUGCUCGCAUAUAUCUUCCACGGUGAGAGUAUCCUUCGCCUCCUGCCGCUUCUUUACACGCUCUCUCUGCAAUCCUGCUCGACCCGACGCCAUCAUCGAUCCACCGGUGACAGAAACGAAAAAAGAUCCACGCAAAGAAGCUCUCUUUCUCUCUCUCUCUCUAUUUCGACACGCGUGUUGUUUGUUGUUCGAUCGUUCGGAAACGGCUCGGGUGUGGCCCGGUGUGUGGAGUUCAUCACGAGGAUAGAAAGAACGGUGUUCGGCCAAUUUUUGUUCGGCAUUCGAUUAUUUUUAGUUUCCGUUCGGUUCGGCUGAUCGCGACCGGUUCGAUACACGGUGUUCCUCGAUAAUUGCUAAUCGCAACAACGAAUAUAGUUAGGCGGAUCGACGGGAGGAUAAAUAAAACACGGUUAGUUUUCGAUCGCGAUAUUAAUACGCCGCGCGUGAUUUUUCGCUACGUACGAGGAAGACACGGAGAAAGGCCACUUUGCCGAAAGGACGCGUUCAUGGAACAAUAAACAGAUUAUUCAGAAAGUGAACGCGAAGAAACGAGGCAAGGCGCAGUGCUCGGAGAAGAGAAGAUCGUCGUGCGAAGAGGAUAAAUUAAAGUCGGUAUAGAAAGCCGGAUUUUGUGUAGCCCUAGUAAGGAGGAGUUCCCCGUUGGUCUUCCAGGAGUUGGAAGUAUGGCAAUGGUCAACAUGAAUAACCUACUGAACGGCAAGGACUCCCGAUGGCUGCAGCUUGAGGUUUGCAGGGAGUUUCAACGCAACAAGUGUACUAGGCCUGACACGGAGUGCAAAUUCGCUCAUCCGCCGGCUAACGUCGAGGUGCAGAAUGGACGGGUCACUGCUUGCUACGACAGUAUUAAGGGUCGAUGUAACCGGGAUAAGCCCCCCUGCAAAUAUUUCCAUCCACCGCAACACCUGAAGGACCAGCUUUUGAUAAACGGGCGCAAUCAUUUGGCGCUAAAGAAUGCGUUAAUGCAACAAAUGGGUCUCACACCGGCCCAGCCACUUGUACCUGGCCAGGUACCAACAGUGGAGGCACCGGCACCUCCGGCACCACACCAUCACCUUCAACAGCAAAUCCAGCAGCAACUUCUCGCUACCCACGCCUUUAUGGUAACUCCUGGUUUUGGUUGGCUUCCACUAAUUUUUUUAGUUUAAACGAAAAUCUUUUUU